GCACAACAGGUGGAAAUGCAGGGCUAGAAGUAUGAGUAUUUAAAACUGGCUGGCACUGCCCGAGCCUGGUGUCCUGGAAGGAAACAGGACAGGCACACACUCACACAAGGAGGUCCUGAGGUCAACCACGAAGCCAGGAGCAGUGAAGCAAAGAGAAAGCAAGAAGUACAAAAAGGUCUGCAGAAGUAACCUGACGUGGAAUGCAAGAAGAAUGACUUUGCUGGCAUUCAUCCUCCUGCUCUCCUUCCUCCCAGCUGAAUCUGCAAAAAGCAGAUAUCCUCCCAAAGCAAGCUUAAACCCGGUGUUCGGACCGCAGCAAGUGUACGGCCUGAUCGAUGGCUCCGUUACCAUCAAGUGCUUCUACCCUCCCUCAACGGUGAACAGACACGAUAGGAAGUACUGGUGCAAGGAAUCCUCCAGGAGCUGCCUGACUGUGAUAUCCACCAGUGGAUACACAGCACGGAGCUACCAGAACAGAGUCACCAUCACCGACUUCCCGGAGCAGGGCAUCAUGCUGGUCAACGUCUCACAGCUGGCCCUGACAGACCAAGGCACCUACCAGUGUGGCAUCGGGAUCAAUGGCAAGGGGCUCUCCAACAAGGUCAAACUGGACGUUUCUGAAGGUCCAGACGUACCCGAGGAAGCUGAGCUCUACUAUGUGAAGCUGCAGGGCUCUGUGAACAUGCCCUGUGACUUCGGGGCAGAUUAUGCCAGCACAAGGAAGUUUUUGUGCAAGAUGGAGAAGAGCGGCUGCCGCAACAUCGUCGACACUUAUGGGGAAAUAGAUUCAGAAUUCCAAGGGAGAGUCCUGCUGAGCAAUGACAACAUGGAAGGAGCAUUCAGCAUCAUGAUAACCCAGGUGGCCUGGGAAGAUGCUGGCCUGUACCUGUGUGGGGUUGGCUCCUAUGGAGAGUAUGGAAAAACAAAGGAGCUGAACGUGCACGUCUAUGAGGGGGUAAACACACCACAAGAAAAGGACAUCAUAUUUGGAGUAAAAGGAAGUUCAGUAACCAUCGAUUGCCGCUACGACCCGGCCAAGAAUUACACCCUGAAGUAUUUGUGCAAAUGGAGAAAAACAGGCUGUCUUUGGAUCAUAACUAACAAUGGCCUCCAGUCGAUCUCACAUGAAGGACGAGUGGCCAUGUUUGACAACCCAGAGAAUGGCACAUUCAGCGUCAUCCUGAACCAGCUGAGCAGCAGCGAUGAGGGCUUCUAUUGGUGCAUGACAGAUGAUCACGGGGAGAGGAAAACAUCCAGGGAGCUGAAGAUCAUAGAAGGAGCGCCUGGAUUAACAGGAAAGGAGAAAGUACAGGCAGAAGUGGGCUCACAGGUGGACUUGACGUGUUCCUACUCAUGCAGAUACUACUCCUAUGAGAAGUAUUGGUGCAAGUGGAGCAGAGAUGGCUGCACCCCACUGACUGCUUCUGACCAAAGCCAACCAGGGCUGGAUGUCAGCUGUGACACUGCCAACAAAACACUCAUCCUGAGCCUCGACUCUGUGGCAGUGGAGGACCAGGGGUGGUACUGGUGUGGGGUGAGACGUGAUGGCCACUAUGGGGAGACCAUGGCAGUGUCCCUGCAGGUGGAUGGAGGCAAAGCUGCCAAGAUCAGCCCGGAGCUCCUGGAUCUGGAAGCCAGCAAUACUGCUGCUCCUGGUGAGGCUGUUCUGCAGGACAGAGCCAACAGCGAUGCUGGGGUGCAAAGGGCAGCCGCCUCAGAAAGCUCUGAGCAAAGCUCUGGCUCCACCACUCUUGCUUUAAUCCUGGGCCCCAUUGGUGCAGCUCUCCUGGUCCUUGCUGUAGCUUUUGCUGUCUUUAAAUAUCGUCAGAUCAGGAGAUCAGAUCUGGUGUCGGUGGGCAGCUACAGGACCAACAUCAGCAUGUCAGACUUCGAGAACGCAAAGGAGUACGGAGCAAACGACAACAUGUGCAUGAAGCAGAGCCAGGAGACCCAGCUGGGAGGGGAUGAAUUUGUCACCACCACAGCCAACACUGAAAGCACCGCUGAGACAAAGAAGGCAAAACGGGGCUCCAAGGAGGAUGCUGACCUCGCCUACUCGGCCUCGCUCCUCACCCCCAGCAGUGUCACCCAGAGCUCCGUGGGGGACAGCACAGCCCCGGCUGAGGCCCCCCCUCUGUGGGGUGGUUCGGUGUGAGGGCGAGGGAUGGGGACAUGCACUGGGGGCAGGCUCUGCUAUGGGGCUCACUGCUAGAGCUCAGCCUGCUGCGCUGCUUGCUGCUGCCCCCAUUUGCUAUUGCUUGAUUUUCCGUCCUUAAAUUCAGCUUGGAGCAGAGAUUCAGCCAGAAUCAUAAAGGCUGAGCCCCAGCAUCACCAGCGUAGCCAGGACCCUCUUCGACGCUCCCAAAGACUACAAGAAAUGUAUUUUUAAAUCUUUUUUUUAUAAUCUCUUCUUUUUUUUUUUUCCCCCUGGAAAUCUCUUUAGGGCAAUGCCUUUUGCUUUUGAUUUCCCUCUGCUCUCCUGGUCAUAGGGCAGCAGCCGCAGACCAGGAGUGCCUGGGGUUGUUCAUGUCCAAUAAAGAUACAAGCAGCUUUCAGCAGACCAGACGGGCUCUCAGUCUGUGGCAGAGCAAGGGGAAAGCACAGAAUGGUGUUAAUUAAUAUGACAACCCAUUUAACUGAUUAAGCAAUAGGCACCAACGGUCAGCCUCCCUGGCUGGUUUUGUGCUUGUCCAGGCAGAAGCAAUGAUGACUGUAAUUAAAACAGUGUUGUCUCCUGGUCUUA